GAGGAAGUCAGGUCAGCAAAACAUCACACUUCAAAGUCACAGGCCGCUGUUCACUUCCUGAAAUUAAACAGACUUUGUCUUAUCUGCCUCAGUUAAAUUCAAACCUUGUUCAUCAAAUAAAGAUUCCGGUGGCCUUUGCUGAUGUUGCUGUAUGAGUUCCUCAAGGUUCUUCUCUCAGCAACGGAUAUUUUUCACAUCUUUGUCAAGAGAUUCAACUCCCCAGUAUUUCACAAGGACAAAGCCAAAAAUGUGAGAAAAAUCAAAUGUCCACCCCUCCCAAACCAAACUAUACUCGAAUCGAGUGUCGGGUUAAACAUAUUAAGAAGCUCCCGAAUGGAAGUAGAAACGACCAAAGAAAGUUUGAAUUGCUUCAGUCAUGGCAAAGCAGUAAGUGAAAAAUGUUAAGUCUAUCUGUUGCUACUGCUAACGAUGGUGACGUAGGACUGACCUGUCGGGAAUAUAAAAGCUGAUGCUGCUAGAGCUAACGGCUGGAAUGGACUGCAGUUUUCUGGAGGAUUAGUGAAGGGGAGAUGAAUGGUUUUGUAAUUUUAAGAUGCGUGUCAUAGCGUAUAUCUAUUGUUUUUUAAAAUCUGUGUUUUGUUUUGUUUUGUUACUUUUGAUAUCUUGACAAGAACCCUUUAUAUCGAAACAAAUAUUUUUUUCUUGGGUAAGUGAUGAGAACAGCUGUUUUCAACACUUGUAGUGGUUUGUCUCAUCGAACAAGAAUGAUGCUAAAUUCAACCCCAUCAAAUGUCUCAUACUUUAUUCUUGAAACUUAUUUGCAUGUUGGAAACUUAAGGUACUUGUUUUUCAUGUUAACUGCACUGCUUUACUUUGUUAUUCUUGUUGUCAACACGUCACUCAUUGUGGUUAUCUGUAUGAACAGAAGCUUACAUGAACCUAUGUACAUUUUCCUGUGCAGCCUGUUUGUAAAUGAACUGUAUGGUAGUACAGGGUUGUUUCCAUUCCUGCUGGUUCAGAUCCUCUCUGACGUUCACACUGUUUCUGUUCCCUUCUGUUAUCUGCAGAUCUUCUGUUUGUACACAUAUGCACAUGUAGAGUUUAGUAACUUAGCCGUCAUGUCUUAUGACAGAUAUCUCGCUAUUUGUUAUCCUCUACAAUAUAACACACGUAUGACAUCAAACAAGGCAGCCAUUUUUAUUGUUGUAAUAUGGUUGUACUCUUUUGUGAAAUUUUUAAUUACUUUGUCCUUAAACAUCCGUUUGCACCUUUGUGGAAACAUCAUAAACAGUUUGUAUUGUCAUAACUACCUUGUUGUCAAGUUGGCUUGUUCUGACACCAAAGUGAACAACAUUUAUGGACUUUUUGGCAUUGGUCUCACUGUCUUAGUCCCUCUCAUUCCAAUCCUUUUCUCUUACACAAAAAUUCUUAAAGUUUGUUUUUCUGGUUCUAAGCAGACCAGACAGAAAGCUGUCAGUACCUGCACACCUCACCUGGCUUCUCUGCUCAACUUUUCAUUUGGUUGCUGCUUUGAAAUACUUCAGAGUAGAUUUGAUACGACUGGUGUACCCAGUAUGCUGCGAAUCCUUCUGUCUCUGUACUUCCUCAUCAUACAGCCUCUUCUCAAUCCAAUCAUGUACGGACUGCAAAUGACCAAAAUUCGACAUACAUGUAAACAAUUGCUCUGUUAUAAAAUGUUGACUGGACACAGACAUACUGUGUCAGUACAUUAAAAAGGUCAUCAUUACUCAUUCUUCAAAUGAUCUACAA